AUGCGAGGUCCACCCAUCGACAGAGGGGAAGCACUGGUCAGAAGGAGGAUGAAAGAACGACAACGACUCAAGAAGGAGGCCGAACGCCGUCUACGUCGAGCAGCAGACGAAGAAACUCGUCCAACAAACAACUCAUCUACUAUCAUCCCAGCCAGACCUACCACCUCAAGAACCAAGACCGCACCAUCCAACUCACACCACCACCACCACCACCAACAACAACAACAUCACACCACUCAAAUACCCAACCCAGGAGCACACCGGGAUCCAAGACUGGCCUCACCCAGCUUAGAAUCAUUCUGGGCACCAUCUGCAUCAUCAGCUAAUCAACAGACUGAGACUAAUCGAGGAGAGCAACAGGCUAAGACUCAACAAUCCCCUGAGACUCGAUCGAUCAUCCGCCUCGAUAUCGAUCAUAAACCUAGCAGCCCAGCUCAUCGUGGCGUCUCACCAGUCAGAAUCCAAUCCACCUACCAAUCAUUCGGAUCACCAAGCCAAUUCUCAGCCCCAAUCAUCAAAUCCUCUACCAGCGAACAACCUACUCCAACCAGAUUCAACCAACAAACUCAACAGCAGCCAUCAGAUUCCGCCAAAUCAUCCUUCUCGCUUCACGGGAAGAACUUUCAAUCCAACCCACCCACGGUCGAGCUAUCUGGUAGCGACUUCACUCCCCGUCGUCCUCGCGACGAGUAUGAUGAGGAUGCAGAGGAGACUGAGGACGGAACGGAGGAAGAAGAACGGCUCUAUGACCUCUCCACCCCCACCGUCCGCGGGCGCGCCGGGAUCCCAAAGUCGCUCUCUGUCAGAAGCACCAGUACCGCUGCUCAUUCUCUCCAUCGCCAGUCCUCCCGCUUCUCCGUCGCUCACUCCAAGUCUGCCGACCAACACCGCGCCGAAUCAUUGAGCUUGUUGAGCAACGACGAUCUCCCCUCCCAACAUAGCUCAGUACAUACUAACAAACAGAUCCAGGAAGCUUCUCAUGCUGAAGAUGAUGAUAACAGCGAACACCAGGGUAGUAGCUCCUCAUCCUCUCCACUGGAUGACGAUGUCGAAUAUACUCUAAAGGAUAGACAGGAUGCCAUCAACAUCGAGCAUCCAUUUGGUCUACCGAUCUGGAAGCCAGCCUUGUACAAGAAAUCUCGAUCGGUAGCGAGAAACGCCGAGGCGGCGUUGCACAAUUCGCCUACCUCGACGACUGGCUCAACACUAACGUUCGGCAACCUACUUUGGUCGUUGAUCUUUGGGAUCUGGCUAGCGGUCGUCGUCGCCCUAGUGGCGGCGAUCCUUUUUGUGAUUCCGUGGGGUGGGAGCAAGUAUGGACGCGUGGUUUGGGAGCUAGCGGGUUACUUGGUGUGGCCGUUUGGGAAGUAUGUCGAGGAGUGGUCGGAGGAAGAGGAGGAGGAGGGCAGUGAGACGCAGAACGAGGAGCGAGCCGACGCGACCGAUUCCAGUCGGUUUGCCGCGGGCUUGGAUCCUGGUGCGCCUCACGCGUCUCGAUGGGUGACCGUCUCGGAAAUCGACGAAGACGAGGUGGCGUCGAUCGACCGGCUGACGAUCCGUGGAGGCCUCGACCCGGAGGACGAGCGAACCGGGCUGACAUCCGAAAGACGCUCCCCAAAUUACGGUACCACCAGUCCCUCCCGACCCUCGAUCGCCAAACCCAAAGACCGACUCUCAUCUGAUUCGACCAUCAAGACAGACCUGAACACGAUCCUCGGAAUAUUCAAGAGAACGGAUGGCACGGAUGGUCGGGCCAAGCGCCAGAUUCGGGUCCGGGCCCUCGGUCGACUCUCCUUCUGGGUGGCCUACUACCUGAUCAUUGCCCCGCUCAUGUUGACGGCCUGUCUGCUCUGCUGGUUCUUUGUGGUCACGAUUCCUAUGGCUAAGCUGCUCUGGGUGCUCGUCCAACACAUCGGCACCGAGCCUCUGGCACUCCACUUCAGAUCCUCCCCGACUUACAUCGACCUCCACCAGGUCGAGAUCGGCCUAGCCUCUGGCCACAACCAAGAACAAGGACAGCAACAAGGCGACGGCCAGACGGAUGGCGAGCCCCGUCUUGAUGAGAACCCUCAGCGUCGUCGGGUCAGUAGUCGACUCCCGCCUCAACUCAAGCCUGGCCAACCGGCGCCUAAACACUCAAAGAAGUCCUUGUCCGAGAGUCGGGCGAAAGGGCGAUUAGUGAGCGGGAAAGCCAAGGUGCUUCUGUGCACAUACAAAGCCUUAGGAUUGCAGUACUAUAAAUACACCGUCGAUGGUGUCAACAUCAUGUUCAUCAUCCUGAUCCCCUUCGUGAUCUUUGUCAUCCUGGACUUCUUCUUCCUAGCCCCGUUGAAACUGACCGGCUUCCUAGGAGUUCUAUCCUCGCAGAUCGUGCUCUUUGUGAUGGCCUUGUUGAGUGUGAUUCCGUUAUCGUACUUUAUCGGGAUGGCGGUGGCCUCGAUCUCGGCGCAAUCGUCGAUCGGGAUGGGCGCGGUGAUCAAUGCGACGUUCGGCUCGGUGAUCGAGAUCAUCCUCUAUUCCAUCGCGCUCACCGAGGGUAAGGGCGAGCUGGUCGAGGGAUCUAUCAUCGGAUCCGUCCUCGCUGGCGUCCUCCUUCUCCCAGGUCUCUCAAUGAUCGGCGGAUCAUUCAAGAGGAAGGAACAGCGCUUUAACGCUAGGUCUGCGGGCGUCACUUCGACUAUGCUUAUCAUGGCUAUCAUCGGAACUCUUACUCCUACACUGUUUUACGAAAUCUAUGGGACCUUUCAACUCACUUGUUCUGGCUGUCCAGAUGAUCUUGAUCAUCCUGGUUUGAUCUCUCAGGAUAAAGUCUGGAAAUGUAAAUCGUGUAGGUAUGAACAUCUUAGUCCAGUUAAUGAUAGCUUCUAUCAAUCUUCUGUCAAAGGAUUGUCCUACUAUUGUGCUGGUUUACUCGUCCUGUCUUAUUUGAUUGGUUUAUGGUUUUCUUUACGGACUCAUGCCUCGCAAAUUUGGCAGACCCCGGCCGCGGUUCUUCCACAUGGACCAGGAGUUGGAGGAACAGCAGCAGGAGCAGGAGGUGAGGUGCCUCAAUCGAUGGCAGAACAUCAUCAUCAGCAGCAGCAUCCGGGGUCGACUCAAGAAGGACAUGAAUACCAGCACCUGACGAGCCAACAACGGAUGUCGAUGUAUGUGCGAAAGUUACCGGAGAUCGUGAAACAACAACUGUUGCCGCAUCUCCAACGCUCCAUCUCGACCACCCGGCAUCCCGAGCACCACCAGCCGAUCUCUUCCUCCGUCCAAUCGCCCGCCAAAGCGCCCCCAAACGAGGAGGACCCUUCCAAUCGGUUGCCGCGGACUUUGACCACUGAAGAAGUCAACCAAACUCUCCAUGUCCUCCAGCUCGCCUCUCACGGCUUUCCCUCCCGUCCGCCGCCCAAAUCCCGACCCUCUAGUCAGUUUAUCCACAGUCGAGAGCCGUCACACUCGCACCAUCGAGACCCAGCGCCUCCCUCAUCCGGCCUCCCACCGGGCUCCUCCUCUCACCCCUUACCACUCUCUUCUGUUGCUGCUCCGCACGUCCACCAUCCUAUUCUGAUCGAAGAACACCAUUCGGCAACCGGAAACAAUGGCGGCGGUGGCCAUGAUGCUCCUAAUUGGAGUCGCACUAAAUCGACUACCGUGCUUCUGCUUUGUACCGCGCUUUAUGCGAUUAUCGCUGAGAUCCUUGUCGACGUCGUAGACGUCGUCCUCGACGGUAAAUCUAAACUCCCCGAAAAGUUCCUCGGUAUCUCCCUCUUCGCCCUCGUUCCUAAUACUACCGAGUUCAUGAACGCGAUCUCGUUCGCUAUUAAUGGCAAUAUCGCGCUGAGUAUGGAGAUCGGGUCGGCGUAUGCUCUGCAAGUCUGUCUCAUCCAAAUCCCCGCCAUGAUCACCUUCUCGUCGUUCUACAACUCCAACAAAUUCGUCUCGGCCUCUCACACUUUCACCUUGGUGUUUCCGAGAUGGGACGUGAUCGCAAUCAUCUUCUCGAUCUUUUUGUUGACGUAUACGUACAUCGAGGCCCGUUCUAAUUAUCAUCGUGGGACGAUCUUGGUGCUCAGUUAUUUGGUCUUGAUUGGUGGAUUCUAUUCGGCGCCUGUGGAUAGCUUGGAUGCACUAAGUACCGAUAUCAAUCAUAAGGAUCAGUUCAAAUCAGUCGUCUUCAAUCAUCCGCUCUCCAAUCUCACCGCGUCCUCGAUUCGUCAUCUCCAACUCCCCCCGCUCGCUCAGUCGUCUCUUGGCAACUCGGUGCUCUCGUUUUUCGGAGUCAACCCUUAGACCUUC